AUGGCUGGGUACUUUGGUGUUGCCUUGAUCCCUGUUCCGAACGCUAUGUAUCAAGGGUGGUUCCACGGUGGGAAAUCGAGUACUGAUGCGACCACUGCGAGGGCUCUUCUAGAAGGCGACUCAGCAGUCCUGGCUAUCGGAUCUGCCCAGCUAUCUGUGCCCCAGGUUAGCUUAGCAAGUCCGACUGAAGGAGAUUCCGGCUUCAAGUCCGACGUAGUAGCGAUGAUCUUAGCCGAGGCGGUUCUUGCUGCCAUCGCUGCUCGGAAGACUGUCUCGGCUGAGUAG